GGAGGGGGGUGCUCGGUAUACAGACGGUGAGCUGAGAGCCGGCGCGUGAAUGUCCCGUUACAGCGGCCAGGUGUUCGGUACCGGACAGCUCUUCGGUAGAAUCUCUCUCAGGAUGAUCCGUCCUCUGCUCAUGUGCUUCGUGCUCUGCGUCGUUUACGGCAGCAGCAAACCGACGGAGACCAAGAAAGAUCGCGUUCAUCACGAGGAGCCUCUGAGCAGCCUGGAGCACGACGACGCCAAGAACCACGACUACGACCACGAAGCCUUCCUGGGACAAGACGAAGCCAAGACCUUCGAAAACCUGUCGCCUGAAGAGAGCCGGCGCCGCCUGGGCAUCAUCGUAGGGAAGAUGGACAGUAACGAGGACGGCUUGGUGUCUGAGGAGGAGCUGAAGCUGUGGAUCCGCAGCGCUCAUCAGAAGCACAUCCACGGCAGCGUGGAGCAGCAGUGGCACGACUUCGACCUGAACCACGACGGACGCAUCAGCUGGGACGAGUACAAGAACGUCACAUACGGGACUUACCUGGAAGACCCGCAGGCCGACGCCCACUUCGACUACGGUCACAUGAUGGCGAGGGACGAGCGGCGCUUCAAGGUGGCCGACAGCAACGCAGACCUGCUGGCAGACAGAGCCGAGUUCGCUGCCUUCCUGCAUCCUGAAGACCACGAACACAUGAGAGACGUGGUGGUGCAGGUGGAAGACAUCGAUAAGAACGGCGACGGCUUCAUCGACCUGAAGGAAUACAUCGGCGACAUGUUCACCACCCAGGACGCAGAAGGGGAGGAGCCUGACUGGGUGGCGUCGGAGCGGGAACAGUUCUCUGAGUUCAGAGACAAGAACAAAGACGGGAAGAUGGACCGAGAGGAAACUCUGGACUGGAUCCUUCCGUCCGGCUACGACAACGCCGAGGCCGAGGCCAAACACCUGGUGCACGAGAGCGACGCCAACCAGGACGGGAAGCUCACCAAGGAGGAAAUCCUCGACAAGUUCGACAUCUUCGUCGGCAGCCAGGCGACGGACUUCGGAGAAGCUUUGAUGCAUCACGACGAGUUUUAGACUCGCUGCAGAUUUUACAUGUUACAUUUAUUGUGAAGAAUAUUUUUUAAACCUGCAGAAGAGGAAAAAACUGGUGGUGUAAAUUUAAAUGUGGAGUUAUGUUACGUUGAGUCAGAAAGCAGGAAAAGCUUCGAGUUGUUUUCAGGACGUUUGAAUCCGUCCGUGUUUCUGUGUUUGUUGCUUUUUGUCCGUCUCUGCGUCUCCGGUGCUUCACAGCUUCCUUCAGUGUGUUUACAGACUAAAGUUACAGGAUGACAGGAAGUACUCUGUGCUUUCAGAAUAAAAGAGUUACUCUACAUUUUAUAUCACUCCAAAAAUAAAAACAACCAAAAAAAAUGAUAAAUUGUGUUGAAUUUGCACAAAGACAGAAAGUCUGAUUGAAGCUGUAACUUUAACUUUUACAUCCUGUUUUCAAUAAAAUACUAAAAUCUGA